CAGUGGGGAGGGAGUGCCACUCAUACACUGCACACACAUUGCAGAAGAGAAACCUGACGAGAGACUGCGUCUUUAGCCAUCAAUAUGUCCAAAGUUUUCAAGAAGACCAGUGGCAAUGGACAUAUUGCCUUGUAUUUGGGGAAGAGAGAUUUUGUGGACCACCUGGAUUCUGUGGACGUGGUUGAUGGAAUUGUAAAAGUGGACCCGUCUGGUCUCGACGGCAAAAAAGUCUUCGUAUACCUCGCGUGUGCCUUCCGCUAUGGAAGUGAGGAUCUGGACGUGAUCGGGCUGUCCUGCAGGAAAGACAUCUGGAUAAAUCGGGUCCAGGUGUAUCCGGCCACAAACGGCGAUAUGUCGAAAACGCCAAUGCAAGAAUCCCUCCUGAAGAAAGUCGGGGACCAAGGGUAUCCCUUUACUUUCCAGAUGCCACCAAACCUCCCUUGCUCCGUCUCCUUACAGCCUGGGCCAAAUGAUGCUGGCAAGGCUUGUGGGGUGGACUUUGAGGUCAAAGCGUACAUCGCCAACGAAGAAAACAGCGCCAGUGAAGUCAUUGAGAAAAAGGAUACUUGUCGCCUGAUGAUCCGAAAAAUCCAGUACGCACCAACCAAAAACGCCGCAGGACCAAAGACGGAAAUAACCAAGCAGUUCAUGAUGUCGGACAAGCCCGUUCACAUGGAAGCUUCCCUUGACAAAGAGAUCUAUUACCACGGCGAUCCCAUCACUGUCAACGUCAACAUCAACAAUGAAACCACUAAAGUUGUGAAGAAAAUCAAAGUCACAAUCGACCAGCUGACCUCUGUGGUGCUGUACUCGUCUGACAUGUACACAAAGGCUGUCUUGUCAGAGGAGUUUGGGGAGACAAUUAACGCCAACUCCACGUUCGAGAAGUCGUUCCAAGUCACCCCGCUGCUGGCCAACAACAAAGAGAAGCGCGGACUCUCGGUGGACGGGCGGCUAAAGGACGAGGACACUAACCUGGCGUCCACUACCUUGAGCCUUGACAACAGGGACAUGCAAGGCAUAGUGGUGUCCUACAAAGUCAAAGUCAAUCUAAUGGUGUCUGGAGGAGGCCUUCUGGGUGGCCUAACAUCAAGUGACGUCACAGUGGAGCUUCCGUUGACCCUGAUGUCCCCAAAACCAGCAGGUGAGUUUAGCAUCACUCAAUUAAACACAAUAAAAAAUCUGAUGCGCUGUUAUUCUCUUUCAUGCAACGUAUGGCAGAAGUGUAAGUACACCUGGCAGAGAAACGUUCACAAGUGAUAGCGAUGCUAGUGAUGUGCUGUUAAUACUCUUGUGUGUUUUAUAAACCGCAGCCAAUUGGAAUAAAGGCCUCUUUAGUUCAGAGCGGACAUCGCCAUCGAGGCCGUGGACAGACGAGGGACGCCACCCUGAGAGAGACACACACACACUCAACGACAGUGAAGAAACUACUCCAAUACGACAUCCCUUGAGUAUUUCUAUAAGCUGUGAAAGCACUGUCACAGAGAACGCCAUUUUAGGUUGACGUAGGAAUAAACACAAACAUUGGUGUCUGAUAGUAGAGCAGUGUGAACAAAGAGUUUUUGUGACUUUUAAAUGAUCCAAAGCCUCUGUAGAAUGGCACACAUAUGCUGAGUGAAAAGAAUUGAACCUCUUAUAAAUGUCCUUUUUCUUAGACAAGAGUAGAAAAUAAACGUUUUUUCC